UUGGUACUUUACGCACAUAAACGCAAAAGCACUCUUAAAGAUCCUUCGUUUUCUGCUACUUAUUUUCCAUAAUCGAUUCACCUCUCUCCACUUUAUUUCUCCAUUUUCUUCUUGAAUUCCGCAACAGUGCAUCUUCCCGUUGUCGGCUUUUUCAUAAUUUCGAUUGACAAAUCUGAUUUGCUUUGAUCUUCAAAUAGAAAGAUUGAUAUUGGCUAAGAAUUUUAUGAUCUUUGGCAUGUGGCUGUGCUUGACGCUUUACGAAUUCCGGGAAAUGGAAGGCUAUGGUCUAGGAUUAUCUAAUGAGUUCGAUUCUUGGGCCUGUGUUAUCUUUAUGAUCAAGGGUUAGUUACUUCGAGAUUAAAAAAAGAAAGAAAAUUGAUAUGCUUUAGAGACCGAAAUGGGUUGUUGAUGAACAAUUGUCCAGAUUGAAUAGGAGAAGAAGACUUAUUGUAUGCAUACGAUCGAUCAUGGAUUGAGUGCAAGGGAGAAAUGGGUCCUGGGACUGAUGUUUGGCCUCAUUGUACCUCAUUGGAUAAUCGACAUUCAAGAGAAUGUAUGCCUGCUAUGAUAGAAGAUGAAGAUCCCGAGGAUUUUGAUCAUUUAAGCGAAACAAAGUUUGCUAAGCCUCCAAGAAAUGGUCCACCUGUUCGACAUAGUCUCAGCGAGGCUUUAUUGGUUGACACCUCUAAUCUCAAAUCACCAAAAGGGCCGUUGUCACCACAGAAUGUAAGUUGUGUGUUUUUACCUGUGUUUCGCUCAGGAAGUUGUUCUGAGAUUGGUCCAAAACCAUAUAUGGAGGAUGAGUUUAUCUGUGUUGAUGAUCUUCAACAACAUUUACAUGCAAAACCGGAUCACCUUUUAACUGGAGCAUUUUAUGGGGUGUUUGAUGGACAUGGCGGCGUUGAUGCUGCAUCAUUCACAAAAAGAAAUAUUCUUGAGUUUAUAAUCAAGGACUCUAAUUUCCCAAAUGGGGUACAAAAAGCUGUCAAGAAUGCUUUUGCGAAAAUCGAUCACGAAUUAGCAGAUCAUAGUUCUCUGGAUAACUCAUCUGGAACUACUGCGUUGACUGUUCUUAUAUUAGGAAGAAAUAUGAUAAUUGCGAAUGCUGGUGAUUGUCGAGCUGUUCUUGGAAAACGAGGAAGAGCAAUUGAGCUUUCAGUUGACCAUAAACCAAGCUGUACAUCGGAGAAAAUGAGGAUAGAGAAACUUGGAGGUGUGAUAUACGAUGGGUACCUCAAUGGUCAACUAUCAGUGGCACGUGCACUUGGAGAUUGGCACAUGAAAGGACCAAAAGGUUCAGAUUGUCCGUUAAGUUCUGAACCGGAGUUGAAAGAGGUAACCCUAACUGAAGAAGAUGAGUUUGUGAUAAUUGGGUGUGAUGGGUUGUGGGAUGUGAUGAGUAGCCAAUAUGCUGUGACAAUUGUAAGGAAAGAACUUAUGGUUCAUAAUGAUCCUGGGAAAUGUUCUAGAGAACUUGUUAAUGAGGCUCUGAAGAGAAACAGUUGUGACAACCUGACGGUUGUCAUUAUCUGUUUCUCAUCAGAGCCUCCACCAAAGAUUGAAAUACCGAGAUCACGAAAUCGGAGGACAAUAUCGGUUGAAGGGUUGGAUGUUUUGAAGGGUGUUUUGCAUCAUGUUUAA